AUGGCAUCUGAGAUAAUUGACUUGUCUGCAAGCGUGGAAGAGUUCGGAUUAGAACCUGAUAACACAGGGAAAGUGAUAUAUGAAACAAGCGAUGUUGAUGAAAGUGAAGUUGAAGUCUCGAAGGGGCCCCAGAACGAGGAUAUUAUAGAAGAUCCGGUAUCAGAUGUUGCUAAUAGUACCGAAGUAUAUGAAUCUACACAACUAAGUGCAGAUCAGACUGAUUUCUCAGGAAGAUUGGACUCUCUGCCUACAUACAAAAGUCGAUUCGUUAAGGAAACCCCAAAGCAGAAACUGGCAAGGAUCCAGCGCGAGAUCUUGGAAGUGCAGCAUGAACUGGAGGUGGAGAAUUCCAAUUCAAACGAAAAGGACCUUCUAGAUGUUAAAAACUUAUACAAAUCACUUUCCAGAUUCAAUACUGAGAAGAUGGGAGAGCUUCAACGCCGGUUAUUGUCCGAUAGCGAAUCACAGGAGACAGAAACUGUGCGUCUACCGAACAUAAAGUUAGAUCCAACGUCCAUAAUGAAAUUGGAAAAAUUGGAACAGAAACUGACCUCAAUGGAAUCUCAGAUAGGCAUUUCUACCGACGCUAGGUCUUCGAAAUCGAUUAUAUCCACUAUCAACGACAUAUACAGGGACAUGAAUAUCCUCAAGAUGGAUGAGCAAUCUCUAACCAAUUUCCAAAAACGUAUGAAAGAAAUCAGCGACCAGUAUGACCAAUCCAUCAUUGGCAGAAGAGCCCAGAAGGACCCCGAACUUAUGACCGAGAUCGAAAAGAAGAUGAAAACUACAGAAGCAAAACUACAAGACAUUUACGUCAAUUACCAACUGUUAAACAGAUAUUCAAAACUUAUACCGCAGAUAACACAACGUCUAAAAUCCCUUAGCUCCUUACAUGGCUCUAUAAAUGAUAUGAACAACACUGUGGCACAGAUAAAUGACCACAUUUCUUCCAUGGAUGGUCAAAUCGAAAAGUGGUCCACCCUAGUAAAUACCGCUAACGAUGCUCUCACUUCGCAUGAAACUGCUUUCGACAAGAAGAAAAACACUCUAGAGGCACAGCUACAUGAAACAGAAUCCCGCAUAACGAAAUUGCAGUCUAAAUAG